CAUUCAUCUUCUUCCACAGAGAGAGAGAGAGAGGGAAAGAAAGAGGUGAGUGAACUCCGGAGUCUGCUUUACAUGAGGGACGAACCGUUUGGGAGGAAAAUACUGCCGUGACAUCAAGCCGGGAAGCACUUUCCUCGUCAGAAGGAGCUGAAUUUACCCUCAAAGAUAACAGGAGAGGUGAGGCAUCAUGGGGAAACACAACAGCAAACUGGCCCCGGAGGUCCUGGACGACCUGACCAAGAGCACGGAGUUCAACGAGGCAGAGCUCAAGCAGUGGUACAAAGGCUUCCUCAAAGACUGCCCCUCGGGCAUUCUCAACCUGGAUGAGUUCCAACAGCUCUACGUUAAGUUUUUCCCGUACGGCGACGCAUCAAAAUUCGCCCAGCACGCCUUCCGCACGUUUGACAAGAACGGCGACGGAACCAUCGACUUCAGGGAGUUCAUCUGCGCUCUGUCCAUCACCUCCAGGGGAAGCUUUGAGCAGAAACUCAACUGGGCCUUCAACAUGUACGACCUGGACGGAGACGGAAAGAUCACACGCAUGGAGAUGCUGGAGAUCAUCGAGGCCAUCUACAAGAUGGUCGGCACGGUGAUCAUGAUGCGCAUGAACGAGGACGGGCUGACGCCUCAGCAGCGCGUCGACAAGAUCUUCUCCAAGAUGGACAAGGACCACAACGACGAGAUCACCCUGGAGGAGUUCAAAGAGGCGGCCAAGUCCGACCCUUCCAUCGUCUUACUGCUGCAGUGUGACAUGCAGAAGUAGAAGGGGAGGGGAAGGGCAAGAAAAGAAGGGAGGGAAGGGAUGAGGGGGUGAACUGAAGCUAGGGAAGUUAGGAGGUUGAGAAAAGACAGGGAGGGAUGCAGUCCUACAGGAGGAGGAGGAAGAGGCAUUGACGAUUGAUUGACGCCAUUCUGUUUAUUACCCACUCUGCUUUGCUCUAGAUGCGAGGCUUGACAAAUUCAGUCAGAUGGUCUGUGAAAAGUGGAAUUCCCUCCUGCUGCAUUUGGUGCAUAGCAGAGCAGCAUGGUGUUACUCGUGCUUUCACACUGUAUUGGACGUGAGAUCACAAGGCUGUGGGGUAACAGCAGUGUUGAGAUCAGCUAUCUGACGGAGAGUGCUAUUUUAUAUUCAUGCAAUACCAGACAUUUCAUCUUAUUAUUGCCUUCAGUACUGGGGACAGGAGGUACAGUAUACACACUGUUUUGAUCAGACCAUGGCUGCACUGGUUUAGAUUCUUCCCUAGCCAAGUUCCCAGCUGCUUCCAGGGAGCGUUUUUGUGGCAGAUUAUGGCUGAGUGUCCACCAGCUAAACACUAGGCUGGCAGCUGAUGAGACGUGUCACCCAGCUGCCUCCAGCGGCAUGGCCAGGCAUACUGAUGUGCUCCUAAGUCACUUCUUAGCUGCGUCCACAGCUUUGAUAACAAAAAUCAAUAAUUUGUCAAAGGAGUUUGUAAUCUGGUUAAUACCGAUACUUGUUCUACUUGUGACGCAACCCGAGCUUUUGUUCUUCAAACUCUCUGAUCUGCAAAAUGUAUGUCGAAUCCUGCAAACCCCGCAGUCUUUCGUCAGUAAAACCACUUGUUUGAGCAACAAGAGGAGGCACUUGACCAUCUCGGCGCAGGGAUAAUCACAGCCGUAAUUAUAGAUCUUAUGACAGAAUGGUAUUUCUGAGAAAGGCCAAACCUGCUACGAUGAUUCACCGUUGUUUCACAUUAAAUAGCCGUCUCUCCUCUUCCUCUGCCUGCAUCCUGCUGCUGCCCGUUUUUUUCUUUCUUCCUCGCUAAAUGUCAGAGAGGAAGCGCUUUGAUAAUAGGUAAAGGGAGAGGAACUUUGCUCAGAUCUACAAUCGAUGAGAAACGGAGCAAAGAGUUGAAGAGGUAGCUCAGGCGUUGUGUGUCACCUGUGGUAAGCUAGAUGAAAGAAAAAAACUGGAUGGUUUAUCUACAUAUUUGCAUUAAACACCCAGGAAUACACAAAAACAACUGGUGACCGUUUUGCCAAGAUCCACAUCAACUUAGAAUAGGCAAUCUCAGAGAUUUAUAAUUAUACCAAUCUGAUACUACUUUAAAGUUAGCCUUCCUACUCAGAUUACAGUUUUAGCAAUGGCAUCGGAGGAAGUAAACAAAGUCGUUCAGUCAGUGUUUGCCAUGCUUCCACAUAUUGAACAAUUGACACAGCAUCAGAGCUGAAGCAGAGCAACAAGGAUGUUUAAGACAUUUUAUUGCUGACAACAAUGUCUUGGUCCUACUCCUCAUGGAGUUGCUUACAGAGCAUGCAACUUCCAGUUCGCUUCAUCGAACUGGCGCAUUACGUACGCCAUGUCCAAACAUUAGCGAUUGGGUAAAAUUGGAUCCAGUUGUUUAAAACAUCAACUGAAUCCACACCUGCAGAAAGAAAUUGUUUGUCAAUAGCCAAGGGUCCAGACCCCUCCAAGUGUCUAAAUGUCACUCACCAAUGACAUUUUGGAUGCUGCAGUAUCUGGACUGCGACUGAUAGGUUGUCCCAGAUAGACACACUUUUGUUCCUGAAGAUAUACCUGACUUGAGUCAUACAGUUUCAGUUCUCUUGUUCUAAUUGGAAGCAUUCUGUUUGAAGCAGUGCCAGACUCCCCUACAUAACACCACCAGGCGAGAAGGCAUGGCAUUCUUUAAAGUUCUUGCUCUAUCAACAUCAUAAUAAAAUGAAAGCAUAAACUUGGCUUGUCCACACAGUUGGGGGCACAAUCACACACACAGCACCAAUAAAAGACAUGAGGAAGUUGAGUUUCAUCAUAGUCCCACACCAGUUAUUUUAAAAUGCCACUAAGAGUCAAGCAAGUUGACUCUUCCUCAUUGCUUUGUCUUGAGACUGGGAAUUACAGUCGUCUGUAAGUAACGUAAAAACUUGAUUAUGUCAGCGAGAAUGUCCCAGAGAUAUCCGUGGUAAACGUUGCAUUUGUGUCCAAAGUAAAGACGAUGAUCUUCUCCUCCACUGCAGACUCUCCCUCCCUGGUCGUUCAGAAAGAGCCUCUACAUGUACAUUAUUAUAAUACGAGUGUAAUCGUAUUUAUGAAUAUAAACAAAUAUAACAUGUAAAUGUUCAGAUAGUGUAGACCUGAUUUCAUUUUACCAAACUGCUAUUGAGAGAGAAAGAGUGCAUCUGUGUGUGUCUGAGUAAUACUGAACUGAGAUCAGAGCUCUGCGUGCGUGUGUGUGCGUGCGUGUGUGUGUGUGCGUAUUUAGGGGGUUACUGUUUGAGUGUUCAGUGUUUUGUAUUUGUAUCAUUUGCGUAACAAGAGAUGCCUCAGUCUAGUUUCACUUUGUAACAAUGUGAAUGUGACCUCCACUCUGAAGCACUGAGUAUUAUUACCCUAACAUGUUUGCUUUUGUGAUCUGCUGGUAUACAUGAUGUACAAUCUGCCCCAUGAAACAGCCUACUGUCGCAAUGCUACAAGUGCUAAGCCUAUACGAUGGUUAGCUUGCCCCAAACAGCAGAGCUGACGGUUUGUUAUCUAGCUUUGAGGAGAUGGAGGUGAUAAAGAAGCAACGCUGUGUCACAGUGCCACCUAGUGGUCGGAAGAGAGUUGUCACUUCUGAAAACAGUUCACUUGCUGCAUAUUCCUUGUUUCAGUACAUGAUAAACCGCCUUGGAGAUCAAAGUGAGGAGCAUCCUCCAUUACAAGAGAUUGUCUUAUAUAACUAACAGCCAAAUUUAUUCCCCUCAAAAUUACAGUAUGAACCUUUACAUGGUUAAUGUUGGUAAAAUAAAACCCAAUGUAAAGUUAUGUAUUUGGAAAAAAAAAUGAAAAUGACUUAAUAUUUGUACAAAAAAGGCUGGAAAAAAGUCAGACUUACUGGCCAAUUUUUCAGCAUUACCUUCUAAUCAAAUGAAGAAAAAGCGACUCAGAGAAAUCUUUGUCAAUUAAACUACAACCCCUUUUAAUGUUACGACUGUUUUAAGGCUUUAUUGUGGUUUUAGCUGUUACAGAAAGCAUCUGUCAACAGCAGGCAAUGCUUCUAAUUAUCCAAACAGAAUAAAACUGUUGGCUUAAUGCAUUUAAAAGUGUUUUAGGAGGUUGGACUGAAAGCAUCUUCAGAUGGGUUUUAAAUUUACUUACUUGGUAAGCUAAAAGUUUACUUAAGACACGUUUUAUUUCCUGGUAUUUAGCUGGGUGCGAUUUACACCAGGAUGCUUUUAGUUGUUUACACAAAGGUUUUCCCACUUUAGAACCAUUUGUAGAUCAGUAUGCAGUUUUUUGCCCCUUUGUGGUUUUUUUUUUAGUGUUUUUUUAAAGCAAUUACCUCACAUUCCCAUCCAGUCUUAUUCCUCUCUGCUUUGUGUAUUUUUUGUGGCAGCACCACAUGUAGUGCUGGUUAUCUAUAGAACUACAACAUUUAGGAUUAUUCGUUAUUCACACACAGAGGAAAAAAAAAGACACUUCUGGAAAUUAUGCCGUGUUUGCGAGGGACUUCUUAAGAACAACAUAUGCCGAAAUCAUUCUAGGAAAGAAAAACAGUUUUUAUGGUUAUUAGGUAUUUAGAUAAAUAUUUCUUUAAAAAUCCUACUGCUUGAUUUAUUAUCCUACUUAGUUUUCUCUCACUAAAAUUUUAAAUCCCUGUUUAGAUCAGCUGAGUCGCAUAUUCAAAUUUUCAAGACGGUUUUGAGGACUGUAGCUGUGUGACAGACACUGUUUUCAAAGAAAACCAGCACUGCAAAUUUACAGUACAGUUAUAAGGGAUUUAUUAGAAGCAGUCAGUAUCUUGCCUGCAGUAGAUUACUCUAUUUGUGUUGUACUUCAGUUCAAAUCCAGAUUAGCUGGCCCUGAGGCUAACGUUAAUGGGCUAAUCUGAGAGGGGCCAAGUCCAAAGCUGACUUUUACCUUCUAGAUAAAACUCCAGUCUCAAAAACAUCAAGGAUGUUUAUGUGAAUGCUUUUUACGAACCUUUAAAUUAUCAACAGGUUUGCUUUAACAGGUAUUUACAAAAAAAAUUUAUGAUCGUUUGUAUAGAAAGCGGAGGUUGGAGGCUGUGCGCCACCAAUAAUCUAACGUGGUGAAACAUAUACUGAGAACAGAAGAUAUUCAUUUCCAGUCAGUAAUAAAAAAUAAAUAAAAUAGUAUCAGCUACUAUUGUAAUAUUUAGCAUUUUGUUGCUUUACUUUUAUAUCAGAAAGUUAUUCUGUCCGAAAAUGCUAGCAAGAAUUAAAUAAAGAAAGAUAACUGAUGGCGCACUGUCUCUACCAGCUCCAUUUUCCAUUAAAUAAUAAUUGCUUCUGUAAUCAAAAGUCAAACAUGAAGAUAGUUUAAAGCCUCUGUUAAUACUAAACACGAGCAUGUCAGUAGAAUCAAAGUGUCCCUCAAAGCAUGAAAUAAUUGCUCCUUUAGCUUUUGUCUGCUGUUAAUACACCUGCCUGUAUUAUUCGUUUGUAUAAUUUACAUUAAAUAUAGGAAAUCGAUCUGGCAGACAAACUAAGAUGAACUCAGCGACAGAGGUGGUGUUAUUAUUUGCCCGUCUCUCUGCCUUGCUGCCUCCCUUUGUGCUGUUUUGACUCCCUACAUCAUUGCCACAGACACGGUUAGUCAUCCAAUUUCACAUGUGCCGGUUUGCUGUAAAACGCUCUGAUUGGAACAGAUUGGCUCACGCAGUAGAUCCACAAUGUUUCUGUCUUCGCUCUGUUGUGUUGAUUGGACUUCAUCCAUUCUAAUUAAGAUUCCUGUACACACACCCCCACACAGCUGCAGAUCAUAUGGCAGGUUUUAUUUGACUAACGUUCAUGAUCUGGUUCAGAAUGUUGGUGAGAAAAGUCCAUCUCUUGUGUGCCAAGGAUGGGAAUGGGAUUGACCGACUGUGUGGAGCUCAUUGUGAAUUGCUGAUGUACUUGUUACAUGUGAUGCGGUUCUAAACAGGCACCUUGACCUCUGUGACAUGAAUACCAACAUAGGUUGUUUUUUUCAAACUUUUCUUCUUAACAGGCAAUCAUGUCCACUCUGUUGUUCAAUAUAACUAUACUCUUCAACCGCUCUCUAUGAUGUUUAUGUAAAUCUGUCUGUGUCCUUUUUACUUUCAUUUUGAAAUCUUAUUAGAGUCCUAGAACAACAACAACAGCAAAACAUUGUAAUUAUUUUUGUUACAUAGAAUAAAACAUAAAUGUCAAGAGUGACGUGUGU